AUGACACAAGGAUCUACCCCGACGACAGCGCCCCCCAACGACCCUCUUCUGGCCAGGAAGGGCUCCUCCUCCCCCUCCAUCGCUCCCCCUGGCCUGGCUAAGGAACCGGGAAGCAAGACGGGGUCCUCCGAUCUCUUGUAUGCCAUUGAGGAUAAUCCUUCUUGGUUUGAGUGCAUCAUUUUCGGGUUUCAGCACUACCUGGCGAUGGUGGGGGGGACCAUCUCCAUCCCCAUCAUCAUCUCGUCCUCCCUGUGCCUGGAGGAGAGCAACCCCGCCCGCGGUGUCCUCGUGUCGACCAUCAUCUUCAUGUCCGGCAUCAUCACCUUCCUGCAGGCGACCCUCGGCGUCAGACUCCCCAUCAUCCAAGGGGGAAACUUCGCCUAUGUCAUCCCGACGAUAGCGCUCCUGACGACGGCCUUCGAGCCAUGCAAGGACCUCCCGCUGGCCAACAUGACGGAGACGGAGCGGGAGGAGGCGUGGCAGGUGCGCAUGCGCGAAGUCCAGGGCUCCAUCGCGGUGUCGGCGCUGUUCCAAGUGGCGGUCGGCUUCACCGGUCUAAUUGGUCUGCUGCUCACCUGGAUAACCCCCCUGGCCAUCGUCCCUACGGUCACACUCGUCGGUCUUUCGCUCUUUGAGGUCGCGUCCAAACAAGGCUCAGGUCAUUGGGGCAUAUACCUCCUGACCGUAGGGCUCCUGAUCCUAAUGUCGCAGCAUAUGAAGGAUGUCAUUGUGCCGGUGCCUUUCUAUAAGAGAGGGAAAGGACUCGUCAUUUUCAAGUGCCAGCCGUUCAGGACGACGUCGCUCCUCAUCGCGAUCCUCAUAACGUGGACAUUAUGCGCGAUCCUCACAAUGAGUGGUACUCUCCCCGAAGGCUCGGCCGCCCGCACUGACCUCACGAUGCCCAUGGUAGCGAGGGCGCCAUGGUUUUAUGUGCCUUACCCUGGUCAGUUUGGAAUGCCAACAGCAAGCGUUGCUGGUACCCUGGGGAUGCUGGCAGCUGUGUUAGCCUCCAUCAUUGAGAGCGUUGGGGACUACUACGCAUGUGCAAGAAUUUCAGGUGCCCCCAUGCCUCCCACACAUGCCAUCAACCGGGGCAUUGGGACGGAGGGCAUCGGUUGCAUGCUUGCGGGUCUUUGUGGCACCGGGAGCGGCACCACGUCCUAUUCCGGCAACAUCGGGAUCCUUGGCAUUACGAAGGUCGGGAGCCGGCGCGUCGUGCAAGUAUCCGCUCUCAUCAUGAUAGUGUGCGGAGUAUUUGGCAAAAUGGGCGCCUUUUUCGUCACCAUCCCCGAGCCCAUCAUCGCCGCCGUCUUCACCAUCAAGUUCGCCAUGAUCACCGCCAUGGGCAUCUCCACCCUGCAGUUCGUCGACCUCUCCUCCUCCAGGAAUCUGUUCGUUCUCGGGUUCUCCAUUUUCUUCGGGCUGUCGUUGCCCAAGUGGAUGCAGGAGCACGGCGACGCGAUCAGCACGGGCCUCCCCCUCUUCGACCAGACGCUGGUGGUCCUCCUGCAGACGUCCAUGUUCGUGGGCGGCUUCCUGGGCUUCCUGCUCGACAACACCAUCCCAGGAACCGACGAAGAGCGGGGUCUCGUGGCGUGGAAGGGCAAACUCCAGACGUCUGCUGAAGGAGGCGAUGACGCUAUCAAUACGUGUUACGACUUACCCUUCGGAAUGAGUCUUAUCAAGAGAGCGAAAUGGAUGCGUUUUAUUCCUUUCUGCCCGAGAUACAAAGGCUUCAGUAAGGAUAUAUUACCUAGCUGUAGAAAGUCUAAUAUGAACGGAGGAUCUACUUAAUGUUAUAGCGUUUUAAGACAAGCACUCCAUAUUCCUUAAAUGAUGCGACAGAUCAGUGUUUUUAUUUUGCAGUAAGUUAUGGUCAAUAAUCCAAGAUUACUGAUUUCAAAUUAGUCUGUAAAUAGACGUAAUGUAAUAUUCUGUAAUUUAGUGAUAUCAUAACUUGCUAAUGGUACAGGUUGUUGAUAAGACUUUAAAAUGUAUUUUUGCGUAAAUAUUUAGGUCAGUAAAUCCUACACGUUUAUAUUCACAUUGUAAUUUUUGCUUCACCUCUUUUAGAA